GGAGUUACACUGACUGCUGAUCAUCAGGGAACCUUCAAUUCUCAAUUCUUAUUGGAUGUUUCGGACAUACAUUGCAUAGACGUGCAUUCAAACAAACGGCUGUUCAGUUUUCGAUUUCUGGUGGCCGACCUCGAGAAAAAAUAUGGAAUGCUUAUGUUGUCGAACAAAAAAACAAUACCAAUCGUAAUGGAAUCACAUUUAGCUAAUGAACGUUUUAGUUGUCAACAAGAUGUACAAAACUAUUGGCAUGAUAAAAUUGAAAAUCGACGCAAAUCAAUAGAUUCUGUUAAUACAAAUAAUUCAGAAUCAAUUUCUAUAAAUCAUCAAAAUUCUGGAUGA